UCUUGCUAAGAUCUUGUACGACAGAAUCUCUUAUCAAUUUGAUGCUUGCUGUUUUAUCCAGGACGUAAACCAUAUUCAUAAAAGUCAUGCCAAUGCCAGCCAGACUGCUAUUACAAUGGUUCAAAACGAAUUCUUCAUCAAAUGUUUCAGGAACAAGUAGAUUCUGACGAUCCUGCCGAAAUAGCCAAGAUGCUACAAAACAGAAUAUGUAACCCAAAUCUUCCAAAAAGGGUUCUUAUAGUGCUUGAUGAUGGCGGUGAUUCAAAGCAAUGGGAUGAUUUGGGUAUAGUUCCUAACUUACUUGGGGCGGGAAGCAGAGUUGUCAUAACUACUAGAUUUGAGCAUAUUCUUAAUGUGAAUGCACCGUAUGAAAUUCACGAGGUUCAACUAUUGAAUGAUGAUGAAGCUCUUGAACUUUUUCAAAGAACAGCCUUCAAAAUUGAUUUUCAUAGUCCCGCUAUCAGUGAUGUAUCUGGUAAGAUAAUAGAAUAUGCUCAAUAUCUUCCUUCAGCAAUUGUAAAACUGGGUAACUACUUCAAUCAAAAUGCUGAAGAGCUUUGGGAAAGAUGCUUCCAGAGAUGGAGAGAAUAUCCGGAAGAAAAAUAUAUGAAUUCUCUGCAGGAAAAAAAUUACCAAUUUCUGAAUGAAGAUGAGAAGAUGAUCUUUCUAGAUAUAGCCUGUUUCCUUGCGGGAAAAAGGAAGAAGUAUGUGGAGCACAUUCUAGCGAGUAGAAUAUCAGAUCCUUACCUCGCAAUUCAAGGGAUCCGGAAGAAAUCACUCGUAAAAAUUAGGAACAGCGAAAUUCAUAUGCAUCAAAUAUUACAAGAUUUGGGCAAGAAAAUUGUUCGGGGAAUAAUAAAGAUGAGCCAAAAUGCUGGUCUAGAUUGUGGAAUGCGGAGGAUUUCCAAGAAGUCUUGAUAGAUACGGAAGGAAACAAAGUUCAGGCCAUAGUUUUGGAUGAAGAUGUCUCCAAAUGCAAGAAAAUUGGCG